AUGAAAUUCUUUGUUUUUAUUUUGAUAUUUCUUGAAUUCUCGAUAUUUGUGUAUUCUGGAGAACUUUUAGAGACUGUUCAAGAAAUUACAGAUGAAGAAAUAAGUUAUUCACCGCUGAGGACAAGGUAUUUCUUUCAAUUCAUUUUAAGUUAUAGAAAAUCAUGUUUUUCAGGAGUUUGAAUAAUGGUUACGCAACUGAUGGAAAUCCUCAAAUAAACGAUGAAGUAUAUCGAUUAUUUAUGUUAACAAUUUUGGAUGGUUUCAAUAUAUUCAAAAUCAAAAUGUAUAAUGACAGAUCGUUUAUUUAUUUGACACGAAGAAAUUAUUGGUUAGGAGAUCGUUAUUAUUAUAUGGUUUGUUGUUUCUUUUGCGAAAAAAGAUGAUUUUCGAAAUAAUAACAAGAACAUCAACAAUUUUUAUUAAUUUUUGUUUACAGGAUAAUAAAUAUUUUCUGGCAACAAGGGAUAGUUGUUCGUAUCGGAUGAAUGAAACACAACGUCAACAUUUAUUUUAUGAAGAGGAUAAUACGCCGAUUUUUGAUAUCAUUUAUCAGUUAGUUUUUAGAGAAAAACAAUUUUUGCAAUAGAAAACGAGAAAUCAGGUUUGGAAACCAAACUGAAAUGAAAAAUAAAUAAAGACUGAAAAUAGUGAAAAUUAUUUGAAACUUUUUCCCAAUAAGUACAUUUUCCAGAUGUCAACGAUAUCAAGAAUAUUGUUGUGGUCUAAAUUGUUGCAAAAUCGAUCAAAUCGGUCGACAUGACCCUCCAUAUAAGGCACCAAAAUAUCCCUGGCAAGACCCUUGGCAUCUUUCAGCUUCUGAAAUCUCCCACAUUUUCUCCAUAAUCUUUUCAUUUCUCAUUUUUCAUGUUUUCAUUUUGUAA